ACGCCGGGAGCUCGGAGCUGAACCGCGGGGGGCGAUGAGUGCAACCCCCCCCCCCCCCCCCCGGGGUGCACAGCGCUGAGCCGCAGUUCUUAGAAGCAAAGCAGCAAUUUCCGCCCGGCUCAAACCUCCGCCUGCAAUUACAGCCGGCGCGGGCUGAUGAGUGCUUUCCCUUCGUCGUAACCAAACGCUGCUGCGCUCCCAUUGCCGUCGGUGCCGCCCGGCCGUCCUGGCCGUCGCACUCUGCACUUUGCGGUCCGUCGGACAAAGGCUUUGGUGCCGCCGAACCUCCGCCCCAAAACCUCCGUUUCCGCCGCUCCCGGAUGGGUUGGGACGCGCGGUGCCCGCGGUUCGGGGUGGGGGAAGCCGGAGCGAAGCCCCCCCGCCGCCCUCGGCCAUGGCAGUGGGGAUGGGAGAGUGGAAGCGCCCCGCUCGGCCCAAACCGCAGUCGCUGCCCGCUGCCGGCCCGGCGGAUGUGCUGGAAAUAGAGCUGGGAACAGCCGGGGGGGACGGGGGGGCGCGGAGCUCUAUAAAGGCGGUUCGGUUCGGGGCGCCGCAGCGGAGCUGCACCAUGAAGGCCGCGGUUCUGCUGCUCGUCGUGGCGCUGCUCGCGUUCAGCCUCUGCCACGGCGCACCCGACGGCUCCGACGCCCCCAGUGCUAAAGCCUUCAUCUCCCACCGCGCCAGCGCCGAGAUGGUCCGGAGGCAGAAGAGGAAUUUCGCCCUCGACGGCGGCAUCGCCGGAGCUCCGAGGGACCCCCUGGAGGCCAAACGCGAGGUGUGCGAGCUGAGCCCCGACUGCGACGAGCUGGCCGACCAGAUCGGCUUCCAGGAGGCGUACCGCCGCUUCUAUGGCCCCGUCUGAGCCCCCCCACCCCCCGGGGCUCCACACCUCCCCCCCCACCCCCCAGUAACGCUCCAUUUCCCCGCGAAGGACGGCCAGAAAUAAAGGCACGGUGCAGGGCACGGCGGCUCCUUCCUGGGUUGGGGGUGUGGGG